GCACCUUGGCGGCACCAGCCUCUAACGUCGCCGAUGAAGAUUCGACACUCCACUCCACAUCAUCAUCCUCGGAUCCUACAUUUAAACAUUGUUACAUUAUUGUUGGUACCAGAGGGAGAGGGAAAGAUUGAAUAAGUAAUUCCAACAACCAUGAAACUCCUUCUUGUUGUUGCCGCUGCUUUGCUCGGCGUCGUCGCCUCUGCCCAAAUUGAGAUCCAAGUCGAGGAGGUAUCCUACACGGACCCCUAUGAUGGCGACUACCCUUUGCUUGGAUAUGUCAGUAUCCCUGACGAAACACCAGCUCCAGCCGUUGUCAUUAUUCCCGACAUUUCCAGUGUGGAUGACUACGAAAAGACACGAGCCACCAUGUUGAACAAAGAUCUCGGCUACGUCGGAUUUGCUGCCGAUAUUUUCGGGCCCGAUUUUGUAGAUGCCAACUCCAGCGUCUGGAGGGAACAGGCGGGGCUUUACCGAGGAAACAACAGUCUCUUCUUUGGACGGAUCCAGGCGGCUGUCGAUGUUAUGAUGCAGCAUCCAGACGUUAUUGCUGACAAAGUUGCCGUCAUUGGUUAUUGCUUUGGAGGUACUGGCAUUUUGACCUAUUCCUUUCUGGGAGCCACUGACGUUGUGGGAGCAGUCUCGUUCCAUGGAGGUUUGACUGAUUUCCCCGUGGAUCAGACAAUCAAUCAUCCUGUCUUGGUGCUCAGUGGUGGUGCCGAUGAUACUGGGACAGAGGUAGACACCUUGGAGAAUAGUUUGAAUGCGGCCAAUGCGACUUGGCAAAUCACGCGAUACUCGGGAAUUGAACACGCCUUUACGAAUUGGAACGACACCAGAGGCCGUUACAGCGAACGUGCUGAUUCGCGGUCGUGGCAGGAAAUGGCUACCUUUUUGGGAGAAGCCUUUGGAAGCUUUGAAUAUGGAACCAAUCCUCCCAACUCGACAGACGUUGCAGCCGUUGACUACGACGAUAAUGGCUUUGAAUUGACGGGAUAUCUAUCAAUUCCUCCUGGUGCUGAAAUGGACAAGACGCCGGCAGUUGUCAUUGUACCGGAUUGGGAUGGCGUGAGUGGACCAGAUGGAUACGAGGCCGAACGGGCCACUCUUCUGGCACAAGCAGGAUACGUGGGAUUUGCAGCUGACAUCUAUGGUGCUGACAAACAGCAAGUAGAAAGUUUCGAUGAAAGGGUUGAACUGACCACGCUCUAUCGAACAAAUUAUACCCUCUUUGUGUCUCGAAUCCAGGCCGCCGUCGAUCUUGUAGCUGCUCAUGAAUUGGUGGAUCCUGAAUCCGUGUUUCUCAUUGGCUAUUGCUUUGGAGGAACCGGAGUGGUGGACUACUCCUUUGCAGCUGAUGUGACAAAGGUCAAGGUGGUGGUUCCUUUCCAUGGUGGUCUCACAGGCUUGGCUCCCAUUGAAACGGACGUGGUCUAUCCCUAUGUCCUGGUCCAGUCGGGUGGGGAAGAUGACGCACACGGCAACAACACUGAAUUGGAGAUGAUGUUGGAUGCCGCCAAUGCCACCUGGGAAAUCUCAAGAUACUCUAACGUCUACCAUGGUUUCACUCAUUGGGGCGGCGGGGCUUACAACCCUCUUGCAGAUUGGAGAUCGUGGGAUGCAAUGAUGGGAGUGUUUGAAAUGGUUACGAAAUCGGAUCACGACGACUACGAGGAUGAUGGCCAUGGCCAUUCCCACGAUCACGGCGACGAAGACGACCACGGAGAGGAGGAGAUGGAAGGAGAAGAAAGCACGAACGGUGCCGACGACGCAGAGAGCACCAAUGGCGCCACCUCUGCGUGUUGGAGCCAACAUCAAGGGUUUGCUGGUUUGGUUUUGCUCUCCAUGAUUAGUUUUCUGUUGUAGAGAUAAUUUAGAAAGUACGAUUUGUGUAAUGCCUAUUUUGUAAUGCACCAGUACCGGUAGCAGAUGGAGACGAGUGAAUAUGGCAUGCGUGGAACUGCAAUUGCGAUCGUUCUGCGGUUGGAAGUUACGUCCAAUGUGCAUAAAUCAAGGUUGGUUCUCUGCCAUACCGGUAGCAUACUGUAGCACCUCCAAAUCCCCACUGCUAGCAGCAGCUUCACAUACGUAUUCGUUCCAUGGGCAGCCAUUUUCGCGGGCGUACUUAAGGCAAGUCAAAUGGCCAUUGACAGCAGCCUUGUAGAUGGCCCUACCGGUAUCAUCCCAUGGACAGCCAUUUUCGUGGGCAUACUUGAGGCAUUCCACAUGGCCAUUGGCAGCAGCCAAGUUUAAGGUCUUAUCAUCCCAUGGACAGUGGUUCUCAUGGGCAUAUUUGAUGCAUUCCAAAUGGCCAUAAUAAGCAGCACAUUCACAGGUCCCUUGGCCCCAUUGACAGUCGUUCUCAUGGGCAUAUUUCAGCACCUCCAAAUGGCCACUGGCAGCAGCAGCAUGGCAUGUGUUUUGGCCCCAUGGACAGCCUUUGGCACGUGCAUAUUUCAGCACCUCCAAAUGGCCAUUGGCAGCAGCAUGGCACAUGGUUCCAUCCCAUGGACAGCCAUUUUCAUGGGCAUACUUCAGAAUCUCCAGAUUUCCAUUGGCAGCAGCUGCAUGGCAUGUGGUUCCAUCCCAUGGACAGCCAUUCUCGUGGGCAAAUUUGAGGAUUUCCAAAUGACCAUUGGCAGCUGCAGCCCUGCAUGUGGUUUCAUCCCAGUCAAAGACCCAACUUCGGGCCCAUUGAAGAGCGAGAAGGCUGCCCAUCUUGGCAGCUGUAGCACAAGCAACAGUGCGAACGAUCAUCUUUCGACCAGUGCCAGCACGGCGGUGCUUGUACCAGUACUCAGCUCGGGGCAAGCUUUAGAAAAUUGCACUGUAGAAAGUCAUCGUAGGAGUCGCCCAGCAGUGUGUUAUAUCAUCAUUGACCAGAGGAGGUUUCUCACGUAGAGCUUCUUCAUGGCAUGGCUGACUGGAGCCACAAAGGCGUAGUGGCCCAUGCCAAGGAAAGGAAAAAUAUUGUCGAUCCAAAUAUCUUUUUGAUCCAACAUCGCUGGCUGGUUCUUCUUGAUUGGCUGGGAGGACAUGAUGAUGAAACACGAUGAGAGUCUGGCAAGAGAUACUGGUACACUAGAGAGCUGAGUUGGAGCGGAGCUGGGGAGUUUUUGUUCGAUGGACGACAAGAGCGCAGAUAACAAGCAAGUUGCUACAGGCUGAUUUUGAUUCGAUUCAUCACCGGCGAAAGAUAUGGGAGUUCGGUGUUCGGUGGCACGACGGCAAUGACAAAGCUCAAUAAUAAUAAGAUUGCAAUACGAUUCGAUUCCGCCUGGGUAGUGUUGUGUACGGUACGGUCUCUACACCUCUACUACUCUACUACCAUGCAUCGAAACGGCCCGAAAUCGCGAUUUACACCAAAUUCGGAUUUAUACUUGU